AUGCGUUGGCUCACCUUUAUUUCACUCCUGUCAGUUACUGCUUUGGCUGACUAUCCACCAGAUAUUGAUGAUUACUUUUCAUUCUCCAAACACGUGGGCUCAGGAGUCGGCAUCUCAUAUGGCAUCGUUGGGAAAGGAAGGAUUACAGGUGUCCGAGUGUGGGAGGCCAACAAUAACUACAUCUAUGGAAUACAACUUCGCUACGGCUACGCCUGGACCAAUAUUACAGGCUAUCCGUAUGGUCAAGUCCAGGAAAUGAAGUUGUUCGAAGGCGAAGCCAUUGUGCAACUUUCUGGAAAGUAUUCGCACUACGUGCAGUCUCUGGUAUUCACUACCAACAUGGGCCGAUCCCUGUUUGCGGGCCAGCCCCGGGGACACUCAUUCAACAUGUACCCAAGAAAGGAAAAGGCUGAACUGCGCUUCAUCAGUGGCCGUUACAACGGAGCUAUCACCUCCAUUGGAGCACAUUGGGGAGUUGUUUCUGACCCUUAUAGAAAAACUCCAAAUUACUUGUAA